AUGGCAUUCUCAAUACCACCAAGUUUCGUUUUUAAACCCACCGAUCAAAAACUGAUCACACUUUACUUAAAACCCAAAGCAAUGGGAUUCCCAUUGCCAUAUAAUAGAAUUCUUGAACGAAAUCUACAUGGAAAGAAUGGUACCCCAUGGAUUGUCUUUUCUGACAAUGAUCCAUGGGAAAUCGUUGGCGAGUCUGAAGUUGGUGUUUUGAAGAAGGAAAUUUACGUGUUUACGAAGUUGGAAAAGAUAGGUAGAAGACAUAUUGUUAGGGUGGCCGGUUGUGGAACAUGGGGCGGAAAAUCUGUGCCGAAGGAUAUCAAGAAUUGCAAGGGCGAAGUCAUUGGCGUCAAGAAGUCGUUUACGUUCAAAUUAAAUGGCGAUUUGAAGCAAGACGAGACAAAUAUGAAGAAGGGUCGUUGGAUAAUGCAUGAAUAUACACUGGCAGGAAGUUCUUUGGAGGGAGUGAAUAACACGGAUUAUGCCAUUUGUCGAAUUUCUUGGGAUCAAGAAGAGACUGAUCUUGUUGUUCAAUCUGGUUUUGGAACAGUAGAAGACAUUCAUGAAUCUCAAAAACGAAAUUCAAGUUUUGAACGCCCAGCUGAAAAAAGGGCCCGCAUAGAUAAAGAUUUAGACGAUAAGGAGCUGAACUUUGGAGCUAGUAUGAGUUGCCACGGUGCGUCGUCAGAUAAGUUGGAUGAAGAUUUUUCAAAUUGCCUUCUCAGAAUGAUUUCCUUCGACGACAUCGAAUCGACUGACAUGAUUUGGAUAUAA